AUGGCAAUUCCGCAGACGCAAACAGCAGUUAUCCAAACAAAUGAAAAAUCAACACUCCCGUUGACGGUAUCGGAAUCAGUGCCAACGUUUCAACAACCUUCAGACCAAUAUGUCCUUGUUCGCGUGCUGGCCGUGGCCCUCAACCCAACUGACUUUAAGAUGGUGCAGUAUUUUCCGAUCGCAGACAAUCUAGCUGGCUGUGACUUUUGUGGAGUUGUAGAAGCUUGUGGCAACGAAGAGACUUCGCAGCAAUUUCCGCCUGGCACACGAGUAUGCGGCGCAGUCUUCCCUUACAAUCCACAAGCGCGCCAAAGUGGUUCCUUUGCGCAGUGGGUGAUUGCCGACUCUGGUUUACUACUGAAGGUGCCAGAUGGAUGGAAUGAUCUUGAUGCAGCGGCGGUGGGUGGAGUCGGCUGGGGUACUGCAGUGCUGGCUUUCUAUGACCCAGAUGCGCUGGCUUUGACGGGUCGUCCCACAAAGAAGAGCGAUGAAAAGGAGCCAGUUUUGGUCUAUGGAGCUGGUACAGCAUCAGGUACGAUGGCUUGUCAGCUCCUGAAUUUAUCUGGCUAUGCUCCAAUCGCUAUUGCGUCUUCAGCUUCGGCGGAUAUGGCUAUGAAAUAUGGCGCAAUUGGUACAGCAGACUACACAUCUCCCUCAUGUGCGGACGCAAUCAAAAAGCUCGCCGGCGGAGCUCCAAUUAGACAUGUUCUCGACUGCAUUGCAUCAGCGGAAUCCGCAGCCAUGUGCUUUAGUCUUAUUGCGCGUACCGGUGGUCGUUAUGCUUGUCUUGAAGGCUUGAAUCCGGCAUGGAAAACACGUCGCACUGUCAAAGUCAAGGAAGUCAUGGGAUUCGAAGGUCUCGGAAUCAAAAUCGAUCUGGGGCCGACAUCAUAUUCGCGCGACGCAAACCUUGCCCUUCGCAAGAUCUGCUGCGAUACUACCAAAGAUAUUCAGAUAGUAAUGGAUGCGGGCUUAUUAAAGCCACAUCCUGUUCGUGAGGUUCCAGGGCAAUGGCAAGGCAUCAUUGAUGGGUUAGCUAUGCUUCAGCGUGGGGAGGUGAGAGGGCAGAAAUUAGUGGUUAGAGUUUCCAGUACAUAA